GUUUUUAUUAUCGUCAGCAAAUAAAAAUGCGAUAUGUCUGAUCACAGCUGCUGUUAUUAUUAUUAGUAUUAGUACUAUGCAAUAUAAACCAUAUAAGCCUUUUUUUCCCUACAGAAGGGAGAUAUUUUAGCUUUUGCAUAACAAAAAAUGACACAUGGUAACGCAAUUAAAGCGUUUAUCACGACAAACACGCCUGAUUUAUUUUUUUUUAUUUUUUAUUUUUUUGUCGUGAAUUUGUCCCGCACUUUUAUUUUCAAACGCCGAGGAGCGAAAGUGAAAGUUGGUGAAUUAAAGGGCGCAUUUUGCACGCUUUGGCUCCGGGCUCCAGAUGAGCCUCAGAAAUGAGCCGAGAUGGAUUCAGGCGAGCAGCUGAUUCUCCAGUCUCCGGCCAGAUGGCUUCUGAACACAGAUUUGCAUUCAUUUUCGCCUAAUAUCUUCCAAAAUAGAGGGGCAGCUGCAUUUGUUGUCAAAUAAGGUUUAAAACUCCUUUUUAGGACGGGAUCGUUACCUACGCGAUGGGAUUGUUGAACUUCUCUAGUCAACAGUAUCAGAUUUAAAGGGAUUUAGACUAAAACCCUAAUUUGGUAAUCAGAUUGAAAUCGCUUUGGUGUGUAAUCUGUAUUAGAGAUACUGUAGAUUAGGCCCUGGGUUAGCAAAACCGAAAUAUUUAUCAUAGUAAAUUAGAAUAGGUUUGGGUGAAAUGAUGAUAAUAAUAAUAAUAAUAAUAAUAAUAAAGAGUACCACUUUAAAAACAAAGAAGCCACACGCCAAAUAAGGUCUCCGGAAACUUUAGGGUUGUUUAUUAGCGCGCGCGUAAUUUUAUUCGAAUUUUUGAUAACAGUAAUUAUAAGCACAUUUCGCGUGAAACAUAAAACAACCGGUUCGUGAUUAAGACAAAUAAUAAUCAUCGUUUGCUGCCUAGAGUGCCGUUUAACAUUAAAGUUCACAGAGGCAUUCGCUGUACGCAUGGAUCAAAGUCACCGCGAAUUAAAGACAAAAAGCAUAUCAAUCUUAAAUUGUCGUAAAAUAUAAUUUUAUUACUUACGUAUUUAAUUAGACGACGAUGCAAUGUGAUGGAUUUUGAGUCGAGGCAAGAGCAACAGCUUUGAUAAUUCACUUAUCUUUGGCAAUAGUCAUUAACCCCCAACACUAGCAGAAUAGAUUGCAGUGUAAAACACAUCUCUCUUCUCCUCUCUCCGUCCAUCCAUCCAUCCCUCCCUCCAGCGCACAGGGUCCCCAGAUAACCAACAUCGGACUUCCAUUUUUGCCCAUUAAUUCAAAUAUUAACAUACAUGCAGAGUCUGCCAAUAUGGGAGACGAGAGCACCUUGCGCAAAGAAAGGGAAAAAAAUGACCCUUAUUGUCCUGAUAAAUUAUUAUAUUUUUAUUACAAAAGACAUCCUACUUCUUGCGCAUAGAAGGAGAGGGUGGACGCAAUGUUUCCCCCGAGUCCUUUCACACUUUCAGAUGUAAUUCUGCAAUAAUUUACAAAAUUAAGCGUGUACGCGCUAGGACUAGGAGUUUGACAUCGCCUCUGCCGGCUCCGCGCGCGCAAACCGGGUCUUGGAUUCAAGCGGUAAACGUUGCCAUAAUUUAAGACGCGCAUUACGCCAUUAUGCAGAUGCCCAGGGUGUUUAUUAUAAGGAGUAUGUAGUCUUAAAAUGCCAGCGCACCUUUCUGAUUUGAGAGCAAUCGAAGUGAAUCGAUUCGGAGGCUCGCGUCCGGGACGUUUGCCACCGCCGUCGUAGCGGUGAGGGCUCACUAAGACUUUUUUUUUUUUCUUAAAUGCGUUUAUUUUUAUUCUGGAAACCAAUAGCCGCGGACGGGUGGCCAGUCGGCGCUCUUUUGCACUCUAUAAACUUGCGCGGCAGUUUUUCAGGAAAUCUAGUUCCCGCUCGCCGCGCUUCAUUCGCGGGCGUUCGUUAUCGUUCAUUUUUGUUCCUCUCUGAUGAUUACUUGACGCGAUGCGCGCUGGAAAGGCAGCAGCGGCGGCGGCGGCAGCGGCAGCAGCGACUCUAGUCGCGUACGUACUCACGGUCCAAGCUUAAAGCCCAGCGACAGGAAGCGUCGAUCCUUUCCAUGUAUGGGCAAAGCCACGCCCACGCGCGCGUCAUCCUCUGACAGCGUGGAUCCCGUGGGUCUGGAGUUUUUGGCUCCCGGGAAAGGUUCCAGUCCUGGGGGAUAGAGGGUUGAGUUUUGUAUGCUUCCAUCCAUUCUGCAAAGACGCGCUAAAGGCCCCUCAUCAUCCUCUCCCGUGUCCGGGAACACCUCCACGGUGAUCAUUUACGCGUUUAUUUGUCUUUUGGAGCCAGAAGUGGUGGAUUCAGCAGUGUCCCGAAGCCUUUUUUGAUGCUGUUGUUAUAGGAUGCCACCGAGCUAAGAGCAUCAUCACCAUCAUCAUCAUCAUCAUCAUCAACAACAACAACAACAGAAAGUUGCAAGAAAUGUUUAACUGAAUUAAAACGAGUCUAAUAUCCCCGCUAUUUGCGCGAGCCGUUUCGCUUCUUCCACGGGAGGAUCUCCAUCUAUCCAAACAAGCUGCUCGGAGAGGCUUGAGAAUCUUUACGCACUGAAUCGUUCAUGUGGUGCCAACGCAGGACGGACUGAAGAAGGAGCCGGGACUGCUUUUCCUUUUCUUCUUCUUCUUCUUCUUUUCCUUCUUCUUCUCUUUUCGACAAAUCCCAAACAAACUCUCACGGCUAUCCGAAGGGGCUCUUGGAGAAACGACGCGCCCUCGCUCACACUCUCAUUUCAUCUCUUUGGCUGGAAGUGGGUUGCACGCGAACUGUUUUAAUGUUUGGGAUUCAGGAAAAUAUACCAAGAGGGGGGACCACUAUGAAAGAGGAACCGCUGGGCAGUGGCAUGAAUCCGGUCCGAUCGUGGAUGCACACGGCUGGGGUGGUGGAUGCGAACACGGCCGCCCAGAGUGGAGUCGGUCUGGCACGGGCGCACUAUGAGAAACAACCGCCAUCCAACCUCAGAAAAUCCAAUUUUUUCCACUUCGUCCUGGCGCUUUACGACAGACAGGGACAGCCAGUGGAGAUCGAAAGGACAGCUUUUGUGGACUUUGUGGAAAAGGAGAAAGAACCUAACAGUGAAAAAACUAACAAUGGGAUACAUUACAAACUACAACUAUUGUACAGCAACGGCGUCAGGACAGAACAGGAUCUUUAUGUUCGGUUAAUCGAUUCCAUGACAAAACAGGCAAUUGUGUUCGAAGGUCAAGAUAAAAACCCUGAAAUGUGUCGUGUUCUUCUCACUCAUGAGAUAAUGUGCAGCCGUUGUUGUGAUAAGAAAAGUUGUGGAAACAGGAAUGAAACACCAUCAGACCCCAUCAUUAUUGAUCGGUUCUUCCUGAAAUUUUUUCUUAAAUGUAAUCAAAAUUGCCUGAAAAAUGCAGGGAACCCACGAGACACUCGUCGUUUCCAGGUGCUGGUCUCUACCACAGUCUUUGUAAAGGGCCACAUUCUAGCCAUUUCGGAUAAUAUAUUUGUGCAUAACAAUUCAAAGCAUGGCAGAAGACCAAGAAGAUUCGAGAUGAUUGAUGCUGAGAUCCCCUGCAUCAAAGCCAUCAGUCCGAGUGAAGGUUGGACAUCAGGUGGAGCCUCAGUGAUUGUUAUUGGAGAUCGGUUCUUUGAUGGUCUACAAGUGGUUUUUGGGACAGUGGUGGUCUGGAGUGAGGUGAUUACACCGAAUGCGAUUCGUGUGCAGACUCCACCUCGCCACAUUCCUGGGGUUGUAGAAGUUACACUGUUUUACAAAUCCAAGCAGUUCUGUAGGGGACCUCCAGGACGCUUUAUUUACACUGCUUUAAAUGAGCCAACCAUUGACUAUGGGUUCCAGCGGCUGCAGAAAGUGCUUCCUCAUCAUCCAGGUGAUGUGGAAAGACUACCAAAAGAAGUCUUACUGAAGAGGGCAGCUGAUCUCUUAGAGAUGUUUUAUGGAAUGCCUCACAACAACCAGGAAAUGUUUCUGAAGCGUGCGUCUGAUAUAGCAGAGGUACUCCACGCCAUCCCGCGAAACCCAUCCCACACAAAUUCACCCGGAAUGAUGGGUGUUAACUCCUUUGACGCACAGUUACCCGUAACCACAGAAAUUUCACCAGAUGUAGAACGAGUGUCUCUUUCAGUGGGUUUCAGUCGGAGUUCAAACAGUGGCUUUAUUGCAGGCAGCGCAUCACAGCAGUCUGAAUUCAACAAUACCAAUACAUGCAUGAACACACACACACAUUCACACUCUCACUCUAACAUCCCAAGACACACACAGUCAAACACACACUCGUCAAUAGCUGGGAACACACAAACACACGCACGCACUUCUGUGUCAAACUUCUCUGUGGCCACACAGCCAUUCGUAGACGGUCCCACAGCGGACACUCAACAAUACAUCGGUAAGAACAAAGCAUUCUUGGAGAAAUAUUUUUUGUUUUUUUUCCAAAAAGUCACGAUUAAAAGUUUUUUUUACAGUUGAAUUAUGAAUUUAGCUAAAUUCUAAUUAAUUUUGAUAGCAUUUCCUCACAUUCAAAUACUGAAUGCUGCACAACCCAGAAUUUAAUUAGC